AUGCUGGUGACCUACUUAGAAGCCAGCCGGGACCUUUGCGAGACGGAUUCAAUUCUUUUUGGCGCCGCACUGGACACCCGGCUGGACGCACUACUGACAAAGUAUCUAUCCCCUGGAGAACAAAAGAAAACCCAAGCACCCCUCUCUCCUGCCCAAAUCCUACUCCUCAAAAGUAGCCCAAUUGAGACCACGCAAAGGCAAGGCCCUACACUACAAGCUUCAGGUCGGCCGGAUAUCACGCAAAAACUAACGGAGCGCAUAGAUGACCUGAAGCAAAAAAUCGCUGCUUGGGGGAAGCGGAUUCGACGAUUUAGCGAGAGGUCAAGGCGGUUCAACCAGAAUCGUCUCUUCCAGAGUGAUCAGAAGAGGCUCUAUAAAUCAUUGGAGCGACCAGAGGUAUGUGGAGCGGGCCCAGGACCGGAUCAGGCCGACACUGUCGCAUUUUGGCGUGGCCUGUGGUCAGAGCCCGUAAACUACAGCGAGGGCCCUUGGAUGGAAGUUGUGAAGAGUCAUCAUAACGCCGGAUGA